CGCUCCCCUUCUCGUGGGCUGAUUCACUAACCUACUUGUAGCAACCAGGGACGUUCACGCCAAAACCAAACGAAUUACACUUUGAAAAGGCGUCCAGCGCCAGCUCUAUGAGCUAUAGAACUUGUUAACGAUUUAGUUUGCUGUUGCUACGGGGAAACAACGAUGCGUCCCUUAAAAAUGAUAGCAGAAAUGUCAAAGGCUACAGUACAUAUGAAGGACCCUGAACAUCUAGAGCAGAUUCUGGAGUCCAUUAAGGACUCUGGACCCAAUACUUUACAGGUGAUCUCAGAUUUUGAUAUGACACUCACAAGAUUUGCCUACAAUGGGAAGCGAUGUCCCACCUCCCACAAUGUUCUGGAUAACAGCAAGCUUAUCAGCAAAACUUGUCAAGCUGAGAUGAAGAACUUGCUGAACACAUAUUAUCCGAUUGAGAUCGACUCCACUCGCUCGAUAGAGGAGAAACUACCACUCAUGGUUGAAUGGUGGACUAAAGUCCACAAUCUGCUGAUUGAGCAAAAGAUCAGGAAGGAUCAGUUGACUGCAGUGGUGAAGGAAUCAAAUGUAAUACUCAGAGAGGGCUAUCAGCUGUUCUUUCACCACCUGCAUGAGCUUGAUAUUCCGCUCCUAAUCUUUUCUGCUGGCGUCGGGGAUGUUCUAGAGGAGGUGAUCAGGCAAGCAGGAGUCCUCCAUCCUAAUGUUAAGGUUUUCUCCAACUACAUGGACUUUGAUGAGUCUGGCGUGUUGCAGGAUUUUAAGGGAGAGCUGAUUCAUGUCUAUAAUAAGCGAGAGGGAGCACUCUUGAACACGCAACACUUCCAGGAGAUCCAGAGCCGUCACAACGUGAUGCUGCUAGGUGAUUCAUUAGGAGACCUCACAAUGGCCGAUGGGGUUCAGGACCUGCAGAACAUCUUGAAGAUAGGAUACCUCAAUGACAAGGUGGAGGAAAGGAAGCAGUCAUAUCUGGACUCCUAUGACAUCGUUCUGGAGAGAGACGAGAGCAUGGAUGUGCCUAAUGCCAUCCUGCAGUACAUCACACGCACACAGUAAAGAUCCACGACCAUGGGGUCAUGGAGCUCCCACAAGCCACCUCCUGAUCCUGUCUGCGUGGAUAAAUGGAAAUGGUCCUACAUGAACUUCAGCCCCACAACCCUACAGCCCUGUAACCCCACAGCCCUGCAACCCCACAUGCCUAUUCUUGCUGGGACUAUAACUGUCCCCCUUUCUUCAUAUUGGGACCUUACCUGUCUCACUGUCCUCGUGCUGGGACCUUACCUGUCUCACUGUCCUCAUGCUGGGACCUUACCUGUCUCACUGUCCUCUUGCUGGGACUUUGCCUGUAUCACUGUCCUGUGAGGAGAUCAAAAGCGAUGCAACAUUAAGAACAAGACAUUUUAUGAGCACUCCCUUUUGCGUCAAUUUUUAACUGUUUAAAAUUGCCACUUUUGAAAAGAAUGUAUCGUGAAAAUAGCUAGCUUUCAGAUAGUGUGUGAACAUGGACUUGGUGAAAUACAAUAAAUAUAUCGUACUUGAAAUUAAAACACGCUUUAAAACA